CAACAACGUGCGGGAUCCGGCGCGCCAACGCGUUGUCCAUGACCGUCGAUCCUCAACUCGCUCACUCCUCCUGGCUCUCACAGAGAGUCCGAUGCUCCGCCGCUCCCCUUCUGCCAAGGCCAUGCCGCCGGCGAGAAACGCUCUUCCUUUUCUUUUGCUUCUUGCCGUCGUAUUCCUCUCCCUCUUUUCUCUACACCGGCCGGACUUCCGCCUCUCAUUCCUUCGACCUCCCGAGUCUGACCAGAAAACCUUAGUGUUAGGAAACCCUAGCUCCUGUCGAAGCCAGCCCUCUAACUCUACUUCUAAUUUCAGAUUCAUUGUGAAGGUGCUCGCCUAUGAUCGUCUUGAUUCCCUUGCCCGCUGCCUCCGAUCCCUCGCGAAUGCCGAUUACGAUGGCGACCGCGUCGAUCUCCACGUCUUUCUCGACCAUUUCAGGGCCUCCGACGCGGGGAAUGACUCUGGGGCGUUGGAUCAGAGGCUUGAGGACGCGAGGCGGAUGCUCGGCUUCGUCGAUGGGUUCGAGUGGAAGUUCGGGGGCAAAUUGGUUCACUAUCGGACAGGUAACGUCGGGCUGCAGGCGCAGUGGCUAGAGGCCUGGUGGCCGAGCUCGGAUGACGAAUUCGCGUUCGUCGUGGAGGACGAUCUGGAGCUCUCGCCGGUCUACUAUAGGUAUCUCAAGAAGUUGAUCGCUGCUUACUAUUACGACAGGUCGAAUUUCAAUCCUUCCAUCUACGGCGCGUCUCUGCAACGACCGAGAUUUGUCGCUGGAAAACAUGGGAACAAACUGCAGUUGGAUGAUGACACUCAUAUUUUCUUAUACCAGAUUGUUGGAACAUGGGGGCAGCUUCUCUUUCCUAAACCAUGGAAAGAAUUCCGACUGUGGUAUGACACACACAAGUUGAAAAAUAUUCAGCCAAUACUGAUGGGCAUGGUAACAACUGGAUGGUAUAAGCGGAUGGGUGAAAGAAUAUGGACUCCAUGGUUCAUUAAGUUCAUCCAUACUCGUGGUUACUACAACAUAUACACCAACCUUUUGCAAGAAAGAGCUCUCAGUGUUUCUCACAGAGAAGCUGGUGUAAAUUAUGGAAGAAAAGUUGGACCAGAUUCACAACUGAUAAACAGCAGCAGUCUGGACGUGAACCUGUGGAGCAUGCAGCCUUUAAGCUCUCUAAAGUGGUUUGAUUUUUGCUUCAGAGAAGUGAUUCCAGGAAGAAUUGUAAAGACCCUUGACGAAUUGGGUCCCCUUCUUCACUCUCUGCAUAGAGACAAGACUCUGAUUAUUCUGAGUUUGUAUGGAGUUGCCGAAGCAUCCUUAAGGAAUUUAUUGUGCCACUUUGAAAGUCUAGACAUCCAUAACUAUGUGAUAUUAGGACAGGGCAGCGAAUUUCUUCAUGAACUUAAUAGGAGAGGGCAUGCCGUUAUUGAUACAGAGGAGCUGGUUCAAGACCUCAGAAAGCAUGUCUUGAAAAGUUCUUGGAGUUCAACAACUGGACGGAGUAAGGAGAUUGUGGCUACAGCUUACGUGAUAAGGAAGUCUAUUGUGAUGGGUUACAAUGCUUGGCUGGUCAGUGGAAAUAUGAUUCCUACCAGCAAUAUAUUUUGUAACUUCACUCAAGAAAUGCAUGAAUUUGCUACUGCAAAUGAAUUGGAGCUAUCAUUCUUCCGGAGUUCAGCAUCAAUCUUCAUGGAUGAGAAUUUUAUCAUUAAGCUAACAUCAUCACCUUCCUUGAAGGAUGGCAAAUGGCCUUCUAGUACUCCAUAUUUUGGGCAGUUGGCCGCUAGAUUCUCCCAAGAAAAUAAACUUCCAAUGCAAACUAUCGAUAUCUCAAAAAUUGCUUAUGCAGUAACACCGAAUGAUGAAAAGCAAUCCAGUUUGGGUGUUGGGCAGAAGAUGGUAUUUUGGGCUGCGGAUAUGAAUUUGAAUCUUCUCAAAGGUCGUCUCCAAAAUUUGGGCUUGUGGGCUAUUGAUGAGGAACUAUCGUGUACUUCUGUGGUGUGCCAUCCAUCAUAAGAACGGCAAGAAGCAUACAGGUGGAUCCUCCGCUGGUAAAAUUAUUUGGUCUAUAUUAUGACAAUUCACGGGCAGCACGGCCAAGAAUGGCUCUGGAUGUUGAAAUUUCUCUGCGUAAACUCAUAGAUGCUUGAUCGUGUAUUUUGCAAUCCCUUCAGGUUGAUUUUUCGAGCUGGUCAGCCUAACUCCAGCUGCAGUUCUGCCCGAAAGAAAGAAGCUUCGCAUUUGUUAAUGAAGAUGAAUAAGCAGCAGCCGUUUUUAUCAAAAUUCUUGCUGAAUCAGAUAUUUGGCCGUUCAGCAUCUUUGGAACGAUUUAUUGUGUACAUGUCCACUAAGAGUGGGGGGAAAAAGAAGAGCCCUAACUUGUCCUUCCUUGAAGUGCAUUAUCCAUGUUCUUUUUUCACUUAAACAGGAAUAGGCACAUUCAAGAAUGAUGAAAGCCUUUUUCCGAUGUAUUUGCUGUUAAAUUGCUGAGGAAAUUGAAUUAAUAUUGCAACUUAUAUUUUUUGCUCUA